AUGACAUUGAAUUUGAAGAGCACUGAUCUUUCAGAAGGACACUGCAAAGGUGAUUGCCGAGUGAAACACUGCAAAGCCCUUGUAAUAGAUCCGGAAGUCGGUUUUUGUGGCAGAUGGAGGCGAAAGCGUAAAAUAGGACCGGUAGAGGCUGAUGUUGCCGAAGCUAGACAGGCAGUCGGAACAUCUUUUGUGGAGCAUCAUUUGACAAUAACGCAACUCAAAGAUCUUUACCCUGAUUCAUAUAUUCACGACGAAUUCCCCGAGCGAAGCGAUGGACUACAUAGCGAGGAAGCAAGGUAAGA